UGUGAAAUCCAGGCCCCUCUCUUCCCAAGGCGCUGAACCAAGCGCCCCUUCUCCAUGGGACCCUCCUUCUAGGCAGGAGGCCUGUGAAUCGCCGACCCCCGGAGCCUGGCGCUGGCUCUCAGCUGCUCGCCUCCCCUUCCCAGCUAGCGGCGCUGCCGCCCGGCCCCCUCCUCGCCGCGUCCAAAGAGCUGCAAGUGGAACACGCUGCAACAACCUCGCCGAGUCCCCACCCGGCCCCUGCCCCGGGCUGCCCCACGGCCGGGGCAGGGCUUUAUAUGCCGCCUGCCUGGCGAGGCGGCGCAGCCUUCGCUGCUGCCACCUCCCCUGCUGCUGCCACCGCGGCGGCACCAGCCUGUCUGGGUGCACGCGAGCCGGCGGCCUUUGCAGGAGCGCCUGGCUCCGGGUCCAGCGCCGAGCCCCCGCCCCCUCGCCCGGCCGGGUCAGCUCCGGCUGCGCCCAGCCCAGCGCGUCCCGCUCCCUCCCCCCUUCCCGCUCCAGCUGAUCCAGCCCCGCACCGGCCGCCUGCGCCUUCACAACUGCACCGAUUCAACAAGAUGGCGGGAUCCGUGGCGAAGAGGGACGCGCUGAAAAUAGAGGAUGGGCAUUUAAACAACUCCUUGGGAUCCCCAGUGCAAGCAGAUGUGUAUUUUCCACAGCUGAUUGUCCCAUUUUGUGGACACAUCAAAGGAGGAAUGAGGCCAGGAAAGAAGAUCUUAGUUAUGGGCAUGGUGGAUCUCAAUCCCGAGAGCUUUGACAUCAGUCUGACAUGUGGGGAAUCAGAAGAUCCUCCUGCGGAUGUAGCCAUUGAACUGAAAGCUGUAUUUACAGACAAACAGUUCCUCAGAAACGCUUGUGUAUCUGGCGAAUGGGGCGAAGAACAAUCAUCAAUUCCUUACUUUCCAUUUAUUCCAGACCAGCCAUUUAGGGUUGAAAUACUUUGUGAGCACCCACGUUUUAGAGUAUUUGUGGAUGGACAUCAGCUUUUUGAUUUUUACCAUCGUAUUGAAACACUGUCAGCAAUUGAUACAAUAAAGAUAAAUGGAGAUCUUCGUCUUACUAAACUCGGCUGACCUAGUGAAAACUGUAGAUUCCAAACUGGCUCAGGUGCCAUCUUCUAUCUGGAAGAUCAGUGACAGCUGCGUUUGGACACAACUAUCAUAGGCAAGCUUCACUGUUUCUUUCCUGUGUGCAGUAAAGAAUAUGUUGAUAAAUUGAACUGAUAUUUAUCCUACUGAAGAAAGCUGUUGAUUUAUAGACACUGAGCCAUUUUUCUUCAAACGGACUAGCCCCUCCAUGCAGGAUAAUCAAAUUAGAAUGGAUUCAGAAAGAUUUACAGUCUUGUCAUAAGUUGCAGCAGCUAUUAACCUUCUCAGAGAAAGGCAAUUUCUGAAACAAGUGCUAAAGCCAGCUAUUGAUCAGCGAUUAAACAAAAACAUUUAUUUGCCAAUAGUUUCUGCACUGAAGUGGAUUAGUGUAGCACAGCACAGGGCCAAAUGCUGACAUCCUUAUCCAGGGCCUGAUCCUGUCUCCAUUUUAAUCAAUGGCAAAACUCCCAUUGACUUCAGUGGGUCAUGACUCAUGAUCAAAAACUUUCAGUCCUUCAGUUGAGCACAAUUCUCAUUGAUUUCUAUGAGUUUUGCUGAAGAAAGGGGAGAGCCUCAGCUGAUGUUAAUCAGCAUAGUUCCAUUAACUUCAGUGGAAUUAGGCUGAUUUAUGCCAGCAGAAGAGUUGGCCCACGAACUGUGCAAAAACUGAGUAAGGGCUUCAGGAUUUGGCUUGUAUAUUUUAGUCAGGGUAUUUGUCUAGAAUGUAGAUUGUUACAAGUUUUUGCACAAUGGAACAUUAAUACAGUUUUUGACGCUUACCUGUAGUUUAUUUAUUUAUACUCAUCUCUGUAUGUAUUCUUAGUAAAACUGAACGAUUUUACUGACAAUUAAGACCAACAAAGUAUAAGUAUUUUGAAUGUACAAAUGUCUUAGAUUCUUUGGGUAAACUUGACAUAUCAUUAUUGAAGCACUACAGGUGUCUUGCUGAACGAUCGGUUACGUUCUAGACCCAGAAAGGUAGGGGGUCUGCUCGUGUAUUCACUAUAGACUGUUUUUCAGGACUUUAUAACUUUGCUGUAAAUGUUAAGUCUGAACUAAAGCAAUUUAAAAAAAAAUCUUAUAGAGAAGGUUUGUAGGUUUAGUUGUGCUUUUUGAAACUUAGCCUGCAGAAUUUAAUUCUGUUCUCAUCAGUUCAUUAUGGGCACUAGCCUUUUGGGGGUAAGUGGGAAAUUCUCUGCUCGCAUAGAAGGGCAGAAUUUGGUCUUUGGUAUUAAAAUUUAAAAUAGUGUGUGGACAGCCAAGUUAUUAGCACUUGAAAAUCAGCCACUGCACAUGAAUAACUUUUCCAAAGCUUUUUAAAUAAUAGGUAUAGCUCUCUAAACACUGUAACUGCUCUACACUAUGAAUGAACACAGUAACUUUUCAUAGUUUCUUUAGGACUUCAUACACUCUUCCUUGGAUGUACACAAUGGACUACAACAAGUCUUUUUGAGAUUUUCUAGUCCGUGAAAUAAACAUUUAUUUAGACAAUUUAUAAAAAUGUAUUAUAGGGACUUUUUAAGACAUGUAUUUUGAAGCCUUUUUUUUUGUAGCACAACAUAAAAAAAAAAAAAAAAGGAAGAACAAUCUCU